AAAACAACGUCGCCAUCUCCGAGAUCUCUUUGGUGCACACUGCGGAAACAGUCAGAAACGCCCCCUAAACUUCAGCCAGCAGCUGAACUGCGUCUUUGGUGUUAGUACCACUGUAACGUUAAUUCUAAUAGAAUUGGUUUUGGGAAAUAACUAUGGAGGCCAAGUUAAAGAAAGAGUUGGGGACAGCCAUGCUGAGGCCAACCGGUCACUCAGGAGGUGGAUGUAUCAGCGAGGGCCAGAGUUAUGAUACUGACACUGGGAGAGUGUUUGUGAAGAUAAAUCACAAGAGCCAGGCCAAAUUGAUGUUUGAUGGGGAGCAUGCCAGUUUGGAAGCCAUUUUUAAGACAGAAACGGUUAAAGUCCCCAAGCCUGUGAAGGUCAUUGAGCUUGACAGAGGAGGAUGUGUUUUUGUGAUGGAACAUCUGGACAUGAGAGGUCUUAGCAAGUACUCAAAGUGCCUAGGAGAGCAGCUGGCAGCUCUGCAUCUACACAACAAGAGACAGUUGGACAAAUUAAAUAAAGAGCAGCAGACAGUGGGAAAAGGAGCUGGGCAGUCAGAGGUGGCUGGUGUUCAAAAAUUUGGCUUCAGUGUAACUACAUGCUGUGGAUACAUUCCACAGCAAAAUGAGUGGCAGGAUGACUGGGUGAAAUUUUACUCGCAGCAGAGGCUGCAGCAUCAGCUUAACUUGGUGGAGAAAUCGUAUGGGGACAGGGAAGCCAGAGAAGCAUGGGCCGAGCUACAGCUGAAGAUCCCACAGUUUUUCAAAGAUUUGGAGAUUUCCCCUGCUCUCCUCCAUGGGGACUUAUGGGGAGGAAAUGUGUCAGAGUGUGAAGAAGGCCCAGUCAUCUUUGACCCAGCUUCCUUCUAUGGCCAUUCAGAGUUUGAGCUGGGCAUUGCAGGAAUGUUCGGAGGCUUCAACAGCUCUUUUUACUCUGCUUACCAUGAAAAAAUUCCUCAAGCACCAGGCUUUGCAAAGAGAAACCAGCUUUACCAACUCUUCCACUAUCUGAAUCACUGGAACCACUUUGGUGGUGGCUACAGGGGCUCUUCAAUAAGGAUUAUGAAGAACCUUCUGAAAUAAUUGCACUCAAAUUCACUUGUAGAAAGCUCCACAGUCUUAAACUCAAGUCAAGUAUUAUGUAUAAAUUGACAGAUGCUAAUUUAACCAAAAAUAGUGUGCUGAGUUAUUGAAGACUAAACAUGACAUUCUAACAUCGUACUGUGUGUUUCAUUUUGUAGAAAAUACAGAACCAACAUAACAAAAUAAUUCAGUCAUGCCUGCUCCACCUAUACCAACCUGCUUCCAAAAGGUGAAAAACAGAAUCCAUAUAUUUCAGGUAUUAUCUUAAAUUGUGUGUUUGAACAAGGAUAUAUAUACUUUGUUAGUGCUUUUACAUUCUGUAUUUUCUCCAGACUCACGUGUAGCAAACAUAAACCUUAACAUGAAAUACUGUUUAAAAAAAACUUAGCUCUGAUCCAGGUUUAAACUUCUUGGUCUUUAUUUGAACAUUUUCUGCAAGUGGAAGAGCAAGCAACACGUUUUUGGUAUUCUUCAUCAAGCUUGCUUGUCAGUUAGAAGAAUACAAAGAAGUUUUAAGUUGGUCUGAAGCUUGGUGCAAGUUUUUCUGUGCUGCAAACCCUUUCUUAAUUUUUGAUUCUUUUUCAUUGCCUGCAUUCAUCCAACACUCAACUGAAUUAUACUACUGUGCAAAGGACGUCUGAUUUUCCCAGUGAAUGCAAUGCUGUAUACUUAUAUAAACCAUAAUAUCCUAAGUGUUGAUGUUGUGCAGACUGACACUUCAUACACCUACAAACUGUUGCUCCAUUGUAAUAUAUCCUUGAAAUAUUUGCAGUCUUAACCAACAAUAAAUCCUGGGAUGAUGCAA